CUCCAUGAUUGCCUUUACCUUAGCUGAAUCUAUGCUGAUUUGGCCACCAGCAACCAGUGUAAACUCCAAGAAUUCGCGUCGAACAUGUGAAUUACAAGAUAAGAAAAGUCUUGAAUGAACUAUUUUUUUCAAAGUUAAUGAUGCAAGCCACUUUAGGUCAAUAGAUAAUAAAACUACAAAACCAUGGAAGAUGAUACUAACAUAAUUUCAAUCUUAGCACUUUCCUCAAUAUAAUGAAGAUGGGGUUUGUAUACAUUUUCUUCUUCACCAUGUGCAUGAUCAGCUUCAAGGUCCCUAUCUCCAGAUGCCAGGAUAUAGCAUGCCAUUCAAAUGACCUCAGGGCCUUGAAAAGCUUCAGCAACCGCUUAAAAUCAGGGAUUAAUGGCUGGAACUUCUCCACAUCUAAUUGCUGCAAUUGGACAGGGGUCUCUUGUAACCAUUCCACCACUUCAAGUAAUAGGGUAACAGGGUUGGAACUUGGAAAGAAGAGAAUUCUGGGAGUAUUAUGUGAGACUUUGGGAGGUCUGGAUCAGCUGAGAAUCCUCAAUCUUUCUCAGAAUUUCCUUCAUGGAAUCGUUCCCACCAAAUUGUUUCAAUUGCAGAAUCUUGAGGUCCUUGACUUAAGCGACAAUGAUUUUGUUGGUUCAGUACCAGGAGGUAUACAUUUACCCUCAAUCAGGUAUUUUGACAUUUCAAAAAACAGUUUCAAUGGUUCUAGUGAUCCAACUUUUUGCAAAACCUCACUCCAUCUGCAAGUUCUUAAUCUUGCUAGCAAUGACUUCAGUGGUGAAGUUUCCACAAGUUUUGGAAGCUGUUCUUCUCUGCAGCAACUCUUUCUUAAUGGCAAUAAGCUCUCAGGAAGUUUUCCCUACAGCCUUUCGCAGCUGCAACAUCUCCAUAUAUUGCACCUUCAAAAUAAUCAGUUUUCUGGAGCUCUAAAUGAUGGAAUAGGUAACCUCUCUAACCUUGUAGAAUUGGAUAUCUCCAACAAUAUUUUCUCUGGAAAUCUUCCUGAUGUGUUUCAGAGGCUCAGACAGCUUGAACUUUUCGCUUCCAGCUCAAAUAGACUUAAUGGCCAUUUGCCAUAUUCACUGGUGAAUUCUCCAACUCUUCGAAUUCUUAAAUUGGGCAACAACACCAUGGAUGGACCAAUCAACAUCAAUUGUUCUGCAAUGAUUCAUCUGGCUUACUUGGAUAUUGGUAGUAACAAUUUCCAUGGACCAAUCCCUGAAAGUAUAUGCUCUUGUCAAAACUUGAGUGUUUUGAAUCUUGGCAGAAACAAACUCGGUGGAGAGGUUCCUUACAAGUUCAAGAAUCUCCAGGCCCUGACGUACCUGUCACUCUCAAAUACUAGCCUCACAAACAUAUCAGCAGCACUUGGAAUUCUUCAACAAUGCACAAACUUGACUACUCUGGUCUUGACUCGAAAUUUUCGAGAUGAACAAAUGCCCAGCGAUGCGAAUUUUCAAUUUAAAAAUCUCAGGGUAUUUAUUAUUGCCAAUUGUCAACUUAGAGGUUCAAUUCCAUUAUGGUUGGAGGGUCACAAAAUGCUGCAGUUGCUAGAUCUAUCUUGGAAUCACUUGGGUGGAAAUAUCCCACUCUGGAUAGGCAAUUUCAGUAGUCUCUUUUACUUGGAUUUGUCCGACAACUCGUUUAUUGGUGAAAUACCAACAAGCUUGACAGGACUACAAACCCUAACCGACACGAAUAUCUUAACUGAUGGAAAUGCCCUCAGCAUUCCUCUGUAUAAGAAAACUGAGGCAUCUAGUAGGACUUUUCAGUAUAACAAAAUCAGGAGCCUUCAGCCAACUUUGGAUCUAAGUUCCAACAAGCUGACCGGACCAAUCUGGCCAAGUUUUGGGAACUUGAAAGGACUUCAUGUUUUAAACCUAAAAAAUAACGACCUUUCCGGGCCAAUUUCAGAUGGUUUAUCUAGAAUGUCAAGUCUAGAAAUUUUGGAUUUGUCUCAUAACAAACUAUUCGGAGAAAUACCCACUUCUUUGGUAAAGCUCAGCUUUCUAUCCAAGUUCAGUGUAGCAGACAAUCAAAUUUAUGGGGAAAUCCCAACAGGAGGCCAGUUCUUGACAUUUCCAUGUUCAAGCUUUGAGGGGAACAGCGAUCUAUAUGGUGGUGGGGCUUUUAGUUCAUGUCAACUUGCCCAACAUCCUCCUCCUCCACCACCUCCUCUUGCUACCCAGCCUCCCAUUGAAAAAAUGAAUAUUAUGGGUUUGCAGUUUGGGCUAGGAGCUACUACUGGCUUUGUCCUCACUGUUACAUUUGUCUUCAUGUCUGGCUGGGUGAUACCAAAGCCAAAGGCAAGAAUAAGGGAGACUAUGGCUAUGAGAACUACCAUCAGACACAGGUAGAAGUUUUGAUCCUGCAUAUCUAAGUUGCAGUCUGAGGUGACAGAAUUGCUCACGUUGGUUGCAGUGUUCAGUCUUUAGUCCUUGGAUCUCUUUGUAAUCAUGAAGAAUAGAAUGAAAAAUGCACUCAAUGUCUAAAUAUGUUUGAAGUUUGCGUUAUUGAAAAGUUUGCAUAUCUAAUGAGAACACUUACAUGAACCUUAUAAUAGAAUGUGAAAAUCCACAAGAAUCGCAAGAAAGGAAGCAACAGAAAAUGGAGGCGAUAAUUGGCAAUAACUCACUCAGAAUGUUUAAAGCUCAGGAAGCAAAAUUCCCAAGGCCUACAUUCUCAUCCAAAAGAAAGGCCAUGUGGUAGAAAUGAAUGCCUGCAGCAACAUUCUGAUAUAUCAGGUGAAUCAGGUUUAUACUAGUUAAAAUUUGCUCAAUCUGCAACUCCAUCACACAUAUAUCACCAAUGUAAUCUUUAUGGCCACAUCGCGAUGAUUCAUCUUCUGUGUUUAGCUUGAUAGAUACAAGGGAUCUGUUAAACCUUAAUCAGUAUCCAACCACGAAUCUAUAAUCAUGCAUCGUUAUCAUUCUUGUUAAACUGGAAACCUGAACCACUUAUAUGCACUAUGCUCUAUAAGCAUGUAAAUACACACUACAACCCCAUGCUUUUUUUUUUAUGCAAAAUUCAAAUACAGUUUUCUAGUCAUUUCUAAAAGUUGAACUUGGAAAUUUUAAAGGUUUUUUUUUCAGCUCUGCAAAGAUUUUCACAUUCAGGAUUUGAGGGAAACAAAUGUCUCUGAGGUGGAAACCCUAAUCUUGAUGACUGACAAAGUUGGAAGCUUUGCAUUUGUAGUCCAUAAGGAUUUGUUAAAGAGAAAUACCUCUUUCAGUUGAAAAGCUUAAUUUUACAUGAGAUCACCUAUUCAGCUUCCUUUGUUGACAUCGGUUGUCCAAAAUCUUUUAGGACACUAGCACUAGGCCCAACGUACUGUUGAAAGGCAAAAUGCCGAACACCUGGCGUGAUAGCAGAGUUGCAUAUAUAAACGAGCCACAUGGUAAGCUCUCUCCAUCACACAAAUAUACUUGCUACUCUAAAACAAUAAAUUUGGCUGUUGUUGACGCAACACCAACAUGAAUUAUAUCAUUAUGCAUAUUUGACUUGAAAAUUGAUGAAUGAACAGAACUUGAAAAUAGAAAUGAAAUUCACUCUUUGGUGGUUUAAAGACUCAAAAGUACAUUUAAAUAGAGCCAUUCUUGUAAUUCUAUAUCCCAGAAGGACCAGGUGCGAGUUUUGGGAUUAUUGGAAAUCUACAUCACUUUAAU